AUGGGCUGUCCUCCCGGCAGUGAUUGGUCCUUCGGACCCCAAGUCGACCCUCGAUGCAGACCGUUCGACUUCACCCUGCUGUUCGAGGACAUCUUCUUUGUCACACUUCCCGCUGCCUUGCUUCUCAUUCUUGCACCCAUACAGAUAUGGGGCCUGUUCAGGCAACGAGCUGCGUUUUCUGUGAGGUCGAGGGGUAUCCAGCGUUGGAAAUCGAUGACUUUUGCCUCUAUCCUCAUUGUCCAGAUCUUGUACCUUGUGUAUAGAAGCCAGUAUCCCGAACUGAGAACCAGGUUCUCACUUCCCGCGGAUAUCCUGAGCUCCACGGCUACCGUGCUGGCUUUCUUUCUCUCACGAGCCAGUCAUGCACGCUCGCUUCGCCCCUCCACGAUGCUCGAUCUGUAUCUGUCACUCUCGAGCCUCCUGAACAUCGCCCGGACGAGGACACUAUGGCUGCUGGCAGUCGGGACUCCCGUCCCAAUCCUCAUGACUGUGAAUCUCUCUCUCACUCUCUUCGCCCUCAUGCUGGAAUCCAUCGAGGAGAGAAAACGUCUGGCAAACGGCUCGCCGGAGGAGUUUAGCGGCAUCUGGGCAAGAAUCAGCUUUUCUUGGCUCUUUCCAUUACUUAAAAAGGGCCAUGCCAAAGUUCUGUCACAGGAUGAUUUGCCAAACCUCGACACGAGGCUGCAGAGCAGGUUGCUGCGUCGUCAGUUGAUUACAACUUGGUCUAAAUGUGAGGCAUCUCUAUCGACUCGACUCGAGAAGAAUGCCAACGUCUACCACGGAAAAGGGCUCAUUGGCGCUUGGGCUCUCGUCUACCUAGGCAUUGCGGUAUCACGAUCUUUAUACACAUACGAGGUCUCCAGGUUUGUCGCUAAGCUGCGAGGCGGCCUGAUUGCCCUUGUAUACCAACACAGCCUUGAAAUUCGUGUCGCGGACGAGGGCGACAUCUCCGCCGUCACCCUCAUGGGCACCGACAUUGAGCGCAUAGCCAGCUCGAUGCAGCUGCUUCAUGAAACCUGGGGUUCUCUUCUGGAUAUAGCGAUUGCAUGCUGGCUGCUGGAAAGGCAGCUCUUCCUGGCCUGCCUUGCACCGAUUGCGCUUGUUCUAGCAUGGAUAGAAAAGGUUCAAGAAAGGCUUCGAGCGACCACGUCCCUGCUGGGAGACAUCAAAGCCAUCAAGAUGCUCGCAUUACCACAUACUGUAUCGCAACUGCUGAUCAAUCUCCGAGAAAACGAGAUCAAGACAUCCAAGAGAUUCAGGGAGCUUCUCGUUGCCACGCUGAUGCUCUCCCUCACACCCCUGAAUCUCGCUCCCGCUGCAACGUUUGCAGUCUACGUUGUCAUAGCCGUCUACUGGACUCACGAGUCAUUCUUCACGGCCCAAGCCUUUACCUCUCUGGCAUUGAUAGGGCUACUAACAGGUCCCACGAUAACCUUUAUUCAGACCUUGCCUCAAGUUGUGCAAUGUGUCGGCAGUUUCGACCGCAUCCAACAGUAUUGCAACUACGCAGGUGUUGACCUGAAAGACGAAAACUACUAUGAGCCCGGCCGCGUUGACUUGCGAGACGAGUCCGAAGUGCACCUGCUGGCGUCAGAUGGACCUCCGGGACCCUUCGAUGCUCCUCACUAUGACACUGUCUCCAUACACAGCCAGGGCCUCAAAUGGCACAGAAAUGGCCCCCUCGUUCUUAGGGACCUGCAGCUUGACAUUGACCCAGAAACGAUGACCGUAAUCACCGGCCCGGUAGGAAGCGGAAAGUCGUCGCUUCUGAAUAGCAUUCUGGGGGAACUGGUUGACACAUCAUUGCCAGAGGGCCAACAGAAAGCAGUUCGGCGAUACUGCAAACAUGUAGCAUACUGCUCUCAGCAGCCCUGGCUUGAGAACACCACCAUUCGCAACAACAUACUCAGCUCCUCGCCGUAUGAGAAGAAAUGGUAUGACGAGGUCGUCACGUCCUGCAGCCUCGAUGCCGAUUUAAAACGCCUCCCACGAGGCGAUGAGACGAAUAUUGGUAGCAAGGGCCUCAACCUGAGCGGUGGGCAAAAGCAUCGAAUAGCCCUCGCUCGAGCCAUCUACGCAAGGAAACCAAUCGUGCUUCUCGACGAUGUGUUCAGUAGCAUGGACGCCCAUACCAUCGACGCCAUCUCCUCUCGCUUGCUUAGUCGAGUAGGCCUUCUACGCAGGCAGCGAGCAACGGUCAUAUUAUGCACUCAUCAUCGCAAACUCAUGGCGCUUGCGGACACAAUCAUAAUCCUGAAAAACGGAACGAUUACAGCAAAGGAAAGUCCUGCGACACUGCUUCAGAGCAACAAUGUCAAUAAGCUUGGCUUGCAGCUCAUCAACAACGGAGAUGCCGCUGGAACUGCCGAGCCAUCAAAAAUGCCAACAACGGAGGAAGUUUUUGAUAUAGCCGCCGACGUGGCCGCAAUCAUCUCUGAGGAAACGGAUGAUAGGCACACGGAUAUGCGACGUAAAAGGGGCGAGAUGUCUGUUUAUGCAUACUAUCUCUCCAACGCUGGCUGGUGGUCCGUUGCCGUGUAUGGCGUUGGUGUUGUGGGCUGGAUCUUUUGCAUAGAAUUCUCGAGUAAGUCACCCUGCCCCUUGUCCUCCUGGGUCGGCAAAUAUGUUCUAACCUCAUCAAUAGCCGUCUGGAUGAAGUGGUGGUCUGCUGCCAACGCUGCGGAACCGGACAAGAACAUCUGGAUGUAUCUUGGCGUCUACGCCUCCCUUGGUGUCCUCGGCACGAUAAGCGGCUGCAUUUGCGCUUGGGCCCCCUUUUACUCCAAGUCAACGAGAGACAUGGGAGAACUCCUUAAUCGGUUCAGUAGAGAUAUGGAACUCAUAGACAUGGAGCUGCCCAGCAACAUGGUCAAUUACACCUCGACCGUCGUUUUAUGUAUAGCCAAAGUCGUCAUUCUUGCCAUCUUUACUCGCUAUCUCGGAGUGACGAUUCCCUUUUUUGCCAUUUUUGUCUACUUGCUCCAGAGCUUCUAUCUUCAGACAUCACGGCAGAUUCGCUUACUUGCUAUAGAAGCUCAUGCGCCACUCUUCACGCACUUCAGCGAAUCCAUUGCGGGAGCAUCAACCAUCCGCGCGUUCGGAUGGCAAUCAUACCACCAGGAGCGCAACUAUCGCCUCAUUGAUGCUUCGCAGCGGCCCGUCUAUUUGCAGAGUUGUAUUCAGCAUUGGCUCGGUUUUGUUCUUGAGAUGAUGACUGCCGUGUUGGCAGUGCUUCUCGUCUCUACAGUCUUUGUAUGGAAGGACAAGUUUAGCCCAGGAAGCGUUGGUGUGAGUUUAGUCACGGUCAUCGGGUUCAGCGAAGUGCUGGUACGGCUUGUUCGGACAUGGACAACGCUGGAGCCGAGCAUCGGCGCCGUGUCCAGAGUCAAGCGCUUCACAGAGGACACGGAGGUGGAGGAGCGUGAUGAAAAGGGGGCUUAUGUGCCUGCUACAUGGCCACAAUCUGGUGCUAUUGAAUUUGCGGGCUGGACCGCAUCAUAUAAUACCACGCCGAGUUCCAAGCCGGUCUUGAACGGCAUAACACUAUCAAUCAAGCCGGGCGAGCACGUUGCAAUAUGCGGCCGAACAGGCAGCGGCAAAACCUCCCUCAUCCUAUCCAUCCUACAAAUGACCCAAAUCGUCGAAGGCAGCAUCUCCAUCGACGGUGUCGACCUCUCCACGCUCAGUCACUCUCUAGUACGCUCGCGCAUCAACGUCGUGCCCCAGGAUCCGUUUCUUUUGCCGGGUACUGUACGCUUCAACGUCGAUCCCUUGGGCGGUGCUUCCGACGAGGAAGUUGUGCGCGCCCUUGAGCGUGUACGGCUGAAGGCGUUUGUGGAUGAAAAGGGGGGUAUUGAUGGGGAGGUUGAUUUGGAGUCGUGGUCGGGCGGGCAGAAGCAGUUGCUUUGUUUUGCGAGGGCGAUGUUGAGGAGGAGUAAGAUUCUGAUUCUGGAUGAAGCGAUGAGCAGCGUCGACAUGGAGACGGAAGAGAUCAUGCAGCAAAUCAUUGACACAGACUUCAAAGACGCCGGGUGCACCGUCCUCGCCGUCAUGCAUCGGCUUGAACACAUCCGGCGCUAUGACAAGGUUGCUCUCUUGGGAGAUGGUAAAUUGCUGGAAUAUGGGGUUCCGGAAGGAUUGCUUGCUGGAGAGACGGAGUUGGCGAGGCUGUAUUCUCACUAUCGAGGUUGA